CCGUGACUCAGGCCCUCCCAGAGGACCAGCCCCUCCUCGCCACUCACCAUGGAGGGGGGCUAGAUAGUGACCUCAGACUUCCCCGGGCAUAAAAGCCGGGAGCCAACACAGAAUCGAAGUUGGACACAUUGACACCACCUGACGGCGCUGCCCCUGCUUCCCGGGACCUUGGAGCCUGUUACCCACAGACUUCAGGCUGCUGAUCCCCUUCCAGGCCAAACCACGGACCAUGUGGGGGGCUCCAGCCCUUCGCUGGCUGCUUGCCCUCACUUUGGCCACUGUUUUGGGGGCGCAGCCCUGGACCCUUGAAAAGUCUGAGGAAGAUGAGCCGUUGUUGGAGGAAGAUGAGCCGGCUCAGCCUACACUGCCAACACAGCAGACAGAGGUCCGCUGUGACUACGACCGCUGUCGCCACCUGCAGGUGCCCUGCAAGGAACUUCAGAGGGUGGGCCCGGUGGCCUGUCUGUGCCCAGGGCUCUCCAGCCCUGCCCUGCCACCCGAGCAGCCACGCCUUGGAGAGGUGCAGGUGAUGGCCGAAGAAGGAUGGGCACAGGUGCACUGGUGCGCCCCCUUUUCCCCUGUCGACCAAUACUGGUUGCUGCUUUGGUCAGACGGUGGAGGGACCCCUCAGAAGGGGCCCCCUCUCAACUCCACCUUCCGCAGAGCAGAACUGAAGGAACUGAAGCCUGGAGGGGCUUAUGUGGUGUGUGUGGUGGCGGCUAACAGUGCAGGGGAGAGCCUGGUGCCCGGGGUGUCCGGGUUGUCUAGUCCCCCCUUUGGACCCUGCGGCUAUUUCACCAUGCCACCCAGGCCCCAGACCCUGUUGAAUGCGGCUGUUGGGGUGGGCAUCGCUCUGGCUUUGCUGAGUUGUUCUGCCCUAAUGUGGCACUUCUGCCUGCGGGAUCGCUGGGGCUGCCCUCGCCGACAGGCUGCCCCAAAUCCACCCAGAGUCUGAUCUGCCUAGGGGGGGCUCUUCCAGUGGAGAGUCCAGCCUGGCUCCUGGGCCCCCCCAAAGGAAGAGAUGUUUACCCCCCACAUCCCCUUGCAGCCUGGACAGUAUCACCACCACCACCUGGGUCUGGCUGA